GAGAUGCUCAAUCUACUCCACGAGGCUCACCAGGGGGCGACGGCCAUGAAAAGGGUAGCCCGGACGUUGUUUUGGUGGCCCGGAUUGGACGGUGAGGUAGAACGACUGGCUCGUCUUUGUCACAACUGCACACAGGCUGCUCCUAUGCCUCCAGCAAGCACGCCUGUUAACUGGCCAGAAACGGGAGAAAAUUGGGCGCGCUUGCACAUUGAUUUCGCUGGGCCAAUUGAAAACAAAAUGCUGCUGGUGGUAGUGGAUUCACACACUAAGUGGAUCGAAGUAUGCGUAAUGCGCUCGGCCACCACUGAAGCCACCAUAAGGGAGCUCAGAGAGAUGUUCAGCCGAUUCGGCUUACCACGUGCGAUUGUGUCAGACAACGGGACUCAGUUUACUAGUCAGCAGUUUGGCGAGUUCCUGGAACGAAAUCACGUGGAGCAUUUAAAAACCGCCCCGUAUCACCCACAAUCUAAUGGAUUGGCAGAGCGGGCGGUCAGAACGGUAAAAGAGUCCCUAGCCAAGUUGUCAACCGGGGAUUUGGAAGAGAAGUUGGCGAAAGUGUUGCUGUCUUACCGUCGCACUCCACUGUCGGACGGGAAAUCACCGGCCGAGCGCUUACUCGGUUUCCAAGUACGCUCGCGCGUCGACACUGCUGUGCCGUCAAGACGUGUGUGCUCGCCUGACUUACAGGUCCCAACCAUUCGCCCUCAUGCUGCCGUGUGGUACCGGAACUUCGGGCAAGGUGAAAAAUGGUUGCCCGGGGUGGUGGAGAGCAACCACGGCGCUCGCAUGACUGUGGUAUCUACUCCCGGAGGCAACGUCCGCCGUCAUCUCGAUCAACUGCGGUUACGGGAGGUCAAGGCGGAAACCAGCGAGGCACCCGCCGCCAGCGGUUCAGCAGUACCUGCACCCUCUCCCAAGAGCCCUGCUGACCAGUUGGCCCGAGCCGCAGCCGCCAGCGGUUCAGCGGUACCUGUACCCUCUCCCACGAGCCCUGCUGACCAGUUGGCCCGAGCCGCGGUACCUGCAGCCUCGGCCAAGAGCCCUGCGAACGAGUUGUACGGCGACGCCACGACCUCAAGCGAGCCCGAAGACAGCUGUGUGCCGUUCCAGCUGCGACGGUCCACUCGGACUCGGAAACCCAUUGAUCGCCUUCAAUUAUAAGAGAAGGAGAAUUGUUAUCACUUCGGCCGAGUCACCGAAGCAUGACUUACUGUUAUCCGCCUUUUGGUUGUUUUAUUAACUGC